ACCAAAGUCGGUUUCAUUUUGUUAUCAUCCUAGCAAGAGUUGGUCUCUGAAGUCAUAACAGCAUCUCAUACAGCCCAAAGCAGCAAUAUUAAUAGCCCUUAGGCUUUCGCUUCAUCUUUAUCUGUAGCCAUAGUCAUCUUCUCGAAAGCUUUUCGUUCCAUUCCCGAGGCCUGAAAUGGCUGCUAAUGAUGUGCCGUGUUGCGAGUCAAUGUUCUGGGUCUAUCUUCUGGUGUGCAUCUCUCUUGUGUGCUUUGCCGGCCUCAUGUCGGGCCUCACUCUGGGACUCAUGUCGCUUAGCUUGGUUGAUCUUGAGAUUCUUGCGAAAGCCGGUCAGCCUCAGGAUAGGAAAAAUGCAGGGAAAAUCCUUCCCUUGGUUAAGAAUCAGCAUUUACUCCUAUGCACACUUCUCAUAUGCAACUCCAUAGCUAUGGAGGCUUUGCCGAUCUUCCUUGAUGCGCUUCUUCCAGCGUGGGCCUCUGUAGUGAUCUCGGUCACACUCAUACUUGCUUUCGGUGAGAUUAUUCCGCAAGCUGUUUGUUCUCGAUAUGGGCUAAGUGUUGGAGCGAAAUUGUCUUUUGUUGUCCGGUUGCUUAAAAUAGUCACCUUCCCUUUAGCUUACCCGAUCAGUAAGGUAUUGGAUUGGUUGCUCGGUAAAGGGCACUCGGCACUUCUACGGCGGGCUGAGCUGAAAAUGUUUGUAGAUAUGCACGGGGACAAGGCCGGGAAAGGUGGAGAAUUGACGCAUGACGAAACAACCAUCAUUGCUGGAGCUUUGGAUAUGACUCAGAAGACUGCUAAAGAUGCCAUGACGCCGAUAUCAGACAUAUUUUGUCUCGACAUAAACUCCAAACUCAACGAGGAAACGAUGGGGCUGAUAAUCAGGAAGGGGCACAGCCGCGUACCCAUUUACGCGGGGAGCCCAACAAACAUAAUCGGCCUAAUUUUAGUGAAAAACUUGAUCAAGUGCCACCCAGAAGAUGAGACCCCUGUCAAAGAUGUUACCAUUAGGAAAAUUCCUAGGGUUCAGGAUUGUUUGCCUCUGUACGAUAUAUUAAACCAAUUCCAAAAGGGUCAUAGCCACAUGGCUGUGGUUAUAAAAUGCAAAACGGGCUUAAAUGACAUUGAAGAAAAUGCAAAGCCAACCACAAUCAGUAUAAAUGUGGAUUCAGAUUCAAAACAACAAGGUAACAUUAGUGGCUCUGGUCAUCAAUCCGGGCAGAAAGAGCAACGUACCAUGUUAAGUAACUCGCCGACUGUGUACUCCACUGAUAAUGAAACCCAGAGCCCAUAUCCGAAGAAUAUGACUGAGCUGCAAAAAAAAUCAUACUCCCAGUCGAAGAAACUGAAGCAAGGAGAGGACAAUAUCUUAAAGGAAGAUUGGGAAUCUAUCCUGAGCAUGGAGGAUGAAGUUGUCGGCAUCAUCACAAUGGAGGAUGUCAUUGAGGAACUUUUACAGGAAGAAAUACUGGACGAGACAGAUGGGUACGUCGAUGUUCAUAACAAAAUCAGCAUCAGCAUGGUACCUUCGAGAACGUCAUUAUCUAGAUCACCCGGAGCUGCAUCGGCAUCCCAGAUAAACUUGCGGACGCCAGUCAUGUCUCCGGUUUCCUCGUAUCACCCUACGCCAGUUUCCUCAUGCAAUCAUACUCCUAUUUUGCAUUCGCCAAUCACCGCGUGGAGUCAGUCGCCAUUCAUAAGGCCAACAUUGUGCAAUUCCCCUGGAGAUUCCAUGCCAAUAACUCCAUCGAGACAUUCAGGCCUCUUUCCCACUUCAUCAUCCCCAGGUUCAAAGAAAUACGAGAAACUGAAAAGGUCGAGUGUUCCAUGA